GCUGCUCCACACAGCUCGGACCGCCUGCAGCAGCACCGCUCAUCGCCACUGCGGCGGCUGCAGCGAGGAGCGCUCCCGAGACGCGCGUGGCGGCCUCGGGCUCCGCAGUCCCCGCGGAGCUUCUCCUCCGCGCCCCUGGCGGGGGGCAGGAGCGCGGCGCUCGGAGCUGCAGACGCCUGCUGAGUUGCAGAAGCCCGUGGAGCUGCGCCCGGCGCGCCACCGUCCGGUCCGCUACAGCCCGGGCUCUGCCCUCUGCCGGCGUGCGGCUCGUAGCUCCCAGCCUCGGGCACCAUGGACACCUCCCGCAUCGGCGUGCUCCUGUCCUUGCCCGUGCUGCUGCUGCUGCAGCUGGCGGCCGGGGGCGGCUCGCCGAGGCCCGGGGCGCUAACGCGGGGCUGCCCCAGGCACUGUCAGUGCGAGCCCGACGGCAGGAUGUUGCUCAGGGUGGACUGCUCCGACCUGGGGCUCUCUGAGCUGCCCUCCAACCUCAGCGUCUUCACCUCCUAUCUAGACCUGAGUAUGAACAACAUCAGUCAGCUGCUCCCGAAUCCCCUGCACGGCCUCCGCUUCCUCGAGGAGCUGCGUCUUGCUGGAAACGCUUUGAGAUACAUUCCCAAGGGAGCAUUCACUGGCCUUUGCAGUCUUAAAGUUCUUAUGCUGCAGAAUAAUCAGCUAAGACAGGUGCCCACCGACGCUCUACAGAACUUGAGAAGCCUACAGUCCCUGCGUCUGGAUGCCAACCACAUCAGUUACGUGCCACCCAGCUGUUUCAGUGGCCUACACUCCCUGAGGCACCUAUGGCUGGAUGACAACGCUUUAACAGAAAUCCCUGUCCAGGCUCUCAAAAGUUUAUCAGCAUUGCAAGCUAUGACCUUGGCCCUGAACAAAAUACACCACAUACCAGACUAUGCCUUUGGAAACCUGUCCAGCUUGGUAGUUCUCCAUCUCCAUAACAACAGAAUCCACUCCCUGGGAAAGAAAUGCUUUGAUGGGCUCUACAACCUAGAGACUUUAGAUUUGAAUUAUAAUAACCUUGAUGAAUUCCCCACUGCAAUCAGGACACUCUCCAACCUUAAAGAACUAGGAUUUCAUAGUAACAAUAUCAGGUCGAUACCUGAGAAAGCAUUUGUAGGCAACCCUUCUCUUAUUACAAUACAUUUUUAUGACAACCCAAUCCAAUUUGUUGGAAGAUCUGCCUUUCAACAUUUACCUGAACUAAGAACACUGACUUUGAAUGGUGCUUCACAAAUAACUGAAUUUCCUGAUUUAACUGGAACUGCCAACCUAGAGAGUCUGACUUUAACUGGAGCACAGAUCUCAUCUCUUCCUCAAACCGUCUGUGAUCAGUUACUUAAUCUCCAAGUGCUAGAUUUGUCUUACAACCUGUUAGAAGAUUUACCCAGUUUUUCAGCCUGCCAAAAGCUUCAGAAAAUUGACCUCCGACAUAAUGAAAUCUAUGAAAUUAAAGUUGACACUUUCCAGCAGUUGCUUAGCCUCCGAUCUCUGAAUUUGGCCUGGAAUAAAAUUGCCAUUAUUCACUCCAAUGCAUUUUCCACUUUGCCAUCUCUAAUAAAGCUGGACCUAUCGUCCAACCUCCUGUCGUCUUUUCCUAUAACUGGGUUACAUGGUUUAACUCACUUAAAAUUAACAGGAAAUCAUGCCUUACAGAGCUUGAUAUCAUCUGAAAACUUUCCAGAGCUCAAGAUUAUAGAAAUGCCUUAUGCUUACCAGUGUUGUGCAUUUGGAGUUUGUGAGAAUGUCUAUAAAAUUUCUAAUCAGUGGAAUAAAGAUGACAACAGCAGUGUGGAUGACCUUCAUAAGAAAGACGCUGGAAUGUUUCAGGUUCAAGAUGAGCGUGACCUUGAAGAUUUCCUGCUUGACUUUGAGGAAGACCUGAAAGCCCUUCAUUCAGUGCAGUGUUCACCUUCCCCAGGCCCCUUCAAGCCCUGUGAGCACCUGUUCGGUAGCUGGCUGAUCAGAAUUGGAGUGUGGACCAUAGCAGUUCUGGCGCUUUCUUGCAAUGCCUUGGUGACUUCAACAGUAUUUAGAUCCUCUCUGUACAUUCCCUCCAUAAAACUGUUAAUUGGGGCCAUCGCAGUGGUGAACCUGCUCAUGGGGGUCUCCAGUGCUGUGCUAGCCGGCAUGGAUGCAUUCACUUUUGGCAGCUUUGCACAACAUGGUGCAUGGUGGGAGAAUGGGGCCGGUUGCCAAAUCAUUGGGUUUUUGUCCAUUUUUGCUUCAGAAUCAUCUGUUUUCCUGCUUACUUUGGCAGCCCUGGAGCGUGGGUUCUCUGUAAAGUGUUCUGCAAAAUUUGAAAUGAAAAUUCCCUUCUCUGGCCUGAAAACAAUCAUUUUGUUCUGUACCCUGCUGGCCCUGACCAUCGCCAUGGUUCCCCUGCUGGGCAGCAGUGAGUACAGUGCCUCCCCAUUCUGUCUGCCCCUGCCCUUUGGACAGCCCAGCACCACGGGCUACAUGGUGGCUCUCGUCUUGCUCAACUCCCUUUGCUUCCUUAUAAUGACCAUUGCCUACACAAAACUCUACUGCAAUUUGGAGAAGGGAGACCUGGAGAAUAUUUGGGACUGUUCUAUGGUGAAACACAUUGCCCUGUUGCUCUUCACCAACUGUAUCCUUUACUGCCCCGUGGCUUUCUUAUCCUUCUCUUCUUUGCUAAACCUCACCUUUAUCAGUCCUGAAGUGAUUAAGUUUGUCCUUCUAGUGAUUGUCCCACUUCCUGCAUGUCUCAAUCCCCUCCUCUACAUCUUCUUCAAUCCUCAUUUCAAGGAGGAUCUGGGGAGCCUGGGAAAGCAAACCUACUUUUGGAUGAGAUCAAAACACCCAAGUCUGAUGUCUAUUAACUCUGAUGAUGUUGAGAAACAGUCCUGUGACUCAACCCAAGCCUUGGUCACCUUUACCCGUGCCAGCAUAGCCUACGACCUGCCUUCCAAUUCUGGGUCAUCAUCAGCUUACCCAAUGACUGAAAGCUGUCAUCUUUCAUCUGUGGCAUUUGUCCCGUGUCUCUAAUUAAUAUGCAAGGGAAAAGGCUUAAAAAAGUUGGAAAACUGAAAAUGUGAGAUUGAGGACAUCAGAGCAGUAGCUAAGGGCUGAGCUGAAACUUGGUUUAAA